AUGAAUAUAAGUAGUUAUUUACCAGCAAUGCCCUAUGUUGUUCGAGAAUUAUUUGAUAAAGCAACAAAUAUAGUUAUGAACUAUUCAGAAACCGAAGCGAAAGUUGUUGAAGCAACAAAUGAUGAAUCUUGGGGACCACCUGGAAAAUUAUUACAAGAUCUAUCACAAUUGUCAUAUUCACAUGAAAAUUAUAAUGAAUUAAUAGGAAUGCUUUGGAAGCGAUGCUUUGGUCAAGAUAAAAAAUAUUGGAGACGAACAUAUAAAUCACUACUUGUGUUAACAUAUUUAAUCAAAAAUGGUAGUGAUAAAGUCGUUACAUCUGCACGUGAACAUCUUUAUGACCUUAAAAGUUUAGAAAAUUUUGCUCAUCAUGAUGAACAUGGCAAAGAUCAAGGAAUUAAUAUUCGUCAUAAAGUAAAAGAAUUAAUUGAAUUUAUUCAAGAUGAUGAUCGUAUUCGUGAUGAACGUAAAAGAGCAAAAGCUAAUCGAGAUAAAUAUAUUGGUAUGAGUAAUGAAUCAUCAUCGCAUCGUUAUAGUGAUCGAUGGAAUGAUAAUGAUGAAUCAUAUUCAACAAAAAAGAAAGAUUUUCAUGAUUCACAUGAAUAUAAAAAAUCAAAAAGUGAACAAAACUUUACUAAAACGAAAGAUUAUGUUUCGAAUAAAUCUCAAGAUUAUUCAGCUGAUAUAAGUGAUGAAGAAAAUCAAAAUUCAAAAUCAACAUCAUGGAAAAAAGAUCAAAAGAAUGAAAUACAAAAUAAACCAAAGUUUACUACUACAAAUAAUAAACCAAUAACACAAGCACCAGUUGUUGAUUUAUUAGGUGAUGAUGUAGAGUUUACACCUUAUGUUCAAGCUUCACAAGAUGAAGAUUUUGGUCAAUUUCAAGAGGCUGUAUCUCCAAGUUCUCCAAUUCAGCCAUCACUUUGGCCAACGCCAUCAACACAAACUACAUCAUCGUCAGACACAUUCGAUCCAUUUGCAUCAUUUGAAUCAUCAACUAAUCUUUUUCAAACAACCAAUAAAACUCCAUCCAAUGAUCUAGAUCUUUUUAGUAUGCCACAAACUCAACCAACAAUGUUUUUACCUAAUCAACAACAAUUAUUUACACGUCCACCUAUGUUUCAACAACAAACUAUGAUGCAAUCAUCAGUGCAACCGCAAACUCAUGCAAAUUUAUUUAACAAUACUUGGUCAUCUGCUCAAGGAAAAUUAGAUAUAUCAUUAAAUAAUUUAAUCCCACAUACACGUGGUGAUCCACACAAAAAUGGUUUACCACUUAAUCAAUUAACUAGUCCGACAAGUCCAACUAGUUCUGGUUUUCCAUCAUUCAAUGCCAAUACUCAACCAAUAUUUUCAAAUUCAAAUAAGAAAUAA